CACCACUCACUGCUUAGUUGUCUCACUAUCUCUUUUAGAUCCAUUUCACUAAUUUCUUUGUCUUCAUCUUCUCAAAAAGGCUUAUUUUAUUGCAGACAGGAAUCUUCAGCUCACUCAAGAAAACACAGAGGCAUGUUCCUAUAUAAGUAAGGGUAUAAAAAAUAUCAAGCACAACAUGCAGACAUUCCACAAGCUCUUCAGGGUAACACAUGAACAAGCAAGAGAACAUACAUCCAUCCCUGCCACAAAAAACAACAGUAAUGCUAAAGGGAGAGAGAUAAUUUUGUUGAAGGAUAGUGGGAAUCAUCGAAGAUCAGAAAGGGUCAGAGAAAGUGAUAAAUUUGGUUUCAAAUAUUCCUGGCCAUUUGCAUUUUUAUGCAGAAAAGAUGUUGCAAAAGCUUGCUUCUACAGCACACUUGAUCUGAAAAGGAUUAGUAGCUACAACAGUACUAGACAGCAGCAUUGCAUACGCUCUAGGAAGAUGAAGCAAGAAGAGACUGCUGCACGAGGACAAGUCACGAGUAACAAAGUGGAUCCAGCUGCUCAUGCUGGUAAUAAAGUUUUACCAGUAAGUGACACGACAUUGUCGUCCUCAGCCAGCACAAAUGAAAAAUGUAGCACGUUGGAGAAGAAAGACAAGGUUAAAGGAGAUAAAGCCAAAGCCAUAUCGAGAAUGAAGGAACUAUUGAGAUGGGCUGCCGCUGCAAAAUCGGAGAAAGCAGGAAAGUAUAUCGGCCGGAAGGUUCUACAGCUUAGAAGCCGAGCAAGCCUUAAAUCAGUACCAGAUGAUGAAGAACUCAGCAUCGAGUCUCCCAAAAUCAGUUUUAGAUGGGAUGUUGAAAGGUGCUCAACCACUUCCUCUGCCUACUCAGGCAUUUCAAAGGCUUCUUCCAAGAAUAUGGACCUCAACAUGCUUUCACUGAGUUCCACUCCUGUUCAUGACAGGAAAGGAAAUUGGAUCACAACAGACUCCGAGUUUGUCGUGCUAGAGCUAUGAAGAAAAGCCCAAGGAUCGAUGGUCAUUCUCCAUGGAAAUUGAAUUGAAUCAACUUGUUCGAUUAGGCUUUGUAUCACAGCUAGAUUGUUUUUCUUUCCUUCUUUCGUUGUCUUUCCUUUAUUUUUCCUUUGAGAUAUCAGUCGAUCAAUUCCUUGUAAAAUAUCAAUGUAAUAUGAUCUGAAAUGCGAUCAGCUUAUGUCUUGUUCCACUCAA